AUGGGAAGAUCGAGAAGUCGCAGCCGUUCAAGUUCUGAUGAUGAUAGAGAAAGAGAAAGAUCUGACCGAAGAUAUCGAGAUGAUAAGUACAGGGAUCGCGAUCGUGACAGGAGACGACGAAGUCGAUCUCGAUCUAAUUCUCCUCAUAAACGUGGAUCGACUCGACGACGAGACGAUAGUCGAGAUGGAGGCCGAAGGAGCACUGAUUCGAGACGCAACAAGCCGAUUCGGCCGACAAUUGCGGCGCACAUCGGACCACCGGCGAUUGAUCCGCAAGAUUUUGACAAUUGGGUUCAAAUUUUGAAUAAAUGUGAUCAAAAUGACGAUGUCGAAUAUACCAGUGAGAAGUAUGCCGAGUUUCUGAAGCGUUACCCGUAUUGUUAUGGAUUCUGGACGAAAUACGCUGAAUAUCAGAAGAAAUACAAUACGCUAGAAGAAUCGAAGAAAGUUUGGGAACGAGGAAUUCUUGCGGUGCCGUUGUCGAUUGACUUGUGGCUUGGCUAUAUUGGGCAGAUGAGAUCGGUUCCUGGUUUUCCUGUUGAUUCAAUUCGAGAACUUUACAAAAGAGCCCUGGAAAUUGCGGGAUUGGAAUAUCAAAGUGAUCGUCUAUGGCUCGACGCGAUUGGUUUUGAACAGAUUCAAUAUAUUCAUGAGAUGUGCAGCCAAAAUGAAGACGCAAAUUGUCGGCGUAUUGGAGAAUUGUUUGAUCGAUUGUUGGGCACACCGACUCUUCAUGCUGCUACCCAUUUUGACAGAUACGUGGCAUACAUCAACACAAUACAACCCAACUUGUUGCUAUCUGAGGAAGAAUAUGAAGAUGUUUUGAGAAUUGCUAAAAGAGAUUUGAACAAAGGAAUUGACGACGAAGUCUAUCAUGAAGUUGACCAAGUGUAUAUUGUCAAACCAAUGGCCGAUAACAAGACUUUGACGGUUUCGGCGGUUGAGGAGGAAGGAACUUUUAAGGUUACGGUUCGCCGUCUUGAGUUUAAUGAAGAUGUCCUUCGUGUUAUGCGCAAUGAAAUUGCUGCACGUCGUCGAAAAAUAUUCGACCGCAAUUUGAGGCAGUGCGAAAUGCGAGCGUUAUUUGAAGCCAAUAUUAAACGACCUUAUUUCCAUGUUAAACCUUUGGAUAAUGUUCAAUUGUUCAAUUGGUUAACUUAUUUGGACUUUGAAAUUCAGCAAGGAGAUCCUGAAAGAAUUGAAAUUUUAUUCGAGAGAUGCCUGAUUGCUUGUGCUCUUUAUGAAGAAUUUUGGAUAAAGUAUGCUCGAUGGGCGUGGAAGGAAAAUAAGUCGGAAUCUACGAUUCGUGAUAUUUUCAAACGCGCAAAAGUGCACAUUCCGAACUCAUUAAAUAUAACACUAGCGCAUUCUGGGUUUGAGGAAUCUAUUGACGACUUUGAAUGUGCUGCUGACAUUCUUGAACGAUUCCGCCGCGAUUAUCCAGGAUAUGUUAAUCUUGAAAUGCGUUAUGUUGGUAUUCUCAGACGGCAAUGCGAAAAAGAAGGUUCGAUGUCGUUUUCAAAAGUUGUGAGCACUUUGGAGAAGCUAAUUACACGAUCAGAAAACUCGCCCAACCUGAUGUCAUUCUACUCGUUGAAAUUGGCGAGGUUCCAUCAGAAAAUCCGAAAAGAUUCGAAACUUGCGCAAAAGGUUAUCAAAAAGGCACUUGAAACUGAUAAGGGAAACUUGCAAUUGUACACUCAAUUAGUGGAUAUCGCCUAUAGCAAUCCCGACAUGAAAGAGUCCGAGGUUAUCGAUGCUUUUGAUUUCGCUUUGGUUAGCAGUCUUCCGCCUGAGGAUAAAAUUCGAUUCAGCCAACGAAAAAUGGAUUUUCUCGAGGAACUCGGAAUGGAUGUUUUAGCAAUUGAGGAACAUCGCGAAUUCCACUACAACUUGUUGGCUCAACUUCCAGACACUAAUGCAAUUCGAACGAGAUUUGUGAAUGAGCCGUCGAGAGUAAUGGUGGUUCCUCAACCUAUCGCACAACCGCCGGUAAUGUGGCCGAUGCAGCAGCCAAUGCAGCCGCCGCUUCAACCGAUGCUUCAACAACAACCUCCUCCAAUGGGAAUGCCUCCAAUGAUGCCGAUGCAGCAAACAUUUAUGGCACAGCCCCCACCGAUGCAGCCAAAAGUCCAUCUACAACUGAUUGAACAGGCUCAUAUUCCUCCUCAGCAGGCAUCUGCACAAAUCAUUUCGUCGCCCAUGAUUGCUGGUGGUGAUGGUGGAUCAGGAACCCCUAUGGAUCAUCAAUAA